AUGAAGAAAAGAUUGUGCAGCCAAGAGAUUGAUUCUCCUUUUAGUUGGUGUUUUGAGAUUGGGCAGCCCGGCAGAGUUGAUAGCAUGAAUCCUGUCCUUUCCAUCUCUCUGCCCCUAGUCUUUGCCUUGACUUUGGGGCAAAGUCUGUCUCUUUGUAUCCCUGUUGACUAUGUCAUCCAUGUGGAGAAGAGAGAAUGUGCCUACUGCCUAGCUAUCAACACCACCAUCUGUGAAGGAUUCUGCUUGACCUGGGACAGUAAUGUUAAGAAGCUACUUCCCCAGAGGCUGAGUGCCCUGUCCCAGGAUGUGUGUACAUACAAGGACCUGGUGUACAGGACCGUGAUGAUCCCUGGCUGUCAACACCAUGCUGUCUCUUACUAUUCCUAUCCUGUGGCAGUGAGUUGCAAGUGUGGGAAAUGCAACACUGAUUACAGUGACUGUGUGCAGGAGGCAAGUGGCACUGGUUAUUGUGCAAUGCUCUAG